AUGAUGCAGUCAUUUCAGGCGACAUUUUCGGUGCCUCUGACUUGCGAAGACUGUAUCAAGGACGUAUCUACGUCCCUCUACGCUCUGGAUGGGGUCAAAAACGUGCAGGGUAAUUUGAAGGACCAGAUCCUCCUGGUGGAAGGAACUGCGGCGCCUUCUACUAUAGUUGCUGCAAUUCAGAGUACUGGAAGAGAUGCUAUUCUCAGAGGAAGCGGGUCCUCAAACAAUGCCUCAGUAUGUAUCCUAGAGACACAUUCCACUGCGGUAGAAAAUCCAAUCCGUGGUCUCGCGCGCAUGGUCCAGGUGGCCCCAACAUUGACGCUUGUUGAUCUUACUAUCAACGGCCUUUCGCCGGGAAAGUAUUGGGUUACAGUACGUGAUAUGGGAGAUAUUUCUCAAGGACCAGCAUCAACUGGUGGCAUAUGGGAAGCCGUAAAACAGAAAGUUCCAGGGCCAGAGCAGCCACGAGGAGUACUAGGUGAGAUAGAAGUGGACAGUAAUGGAAAGGGGAGCGUUUUCCUUAGCCGUCCUGUUGCAGUCUGGGAGUUGAUUGGGAGAAGCAUGGUGGUGUCCAAAUCCAAAGAGGGACCGUUCCGAAAGGAAGAUCCAAACACGCCGGUUGGAGUUAUUGCUCGCAGUGCUGGGAUAUGGGAUAACGAUAAAAUGGUCUGCUCUUGUUCCGGGAAGAACGUAUGGGAAGAACGACGAGAACAGAUUUCGAAGGGGAUGAUGUGA